UCAUAACAAAAAGUGCUAAAUUUCCCAGGAAGUUAAUUUUUCUUCUCCAAGCGUCUAAUGCCUACUGCAUGCUUUAAUCGACAGCCUUCUGAACUGACGCUGUAUAAAAGACAACAGAGGCAAAAGAUAAGCCAUCACAGCGCGUUCCGCUGCCUGAAGAAUUGCGCAACAGUAUCUCUCCAGCUCUACGCUCAUACCUACAGCCGGCGUGACACAUUAAAUGAUGGACACCACGUUUGUUGAAAUAGCAAUGAAUAAAACAUUAGAAGAAUUAAAUACAUCGAUACCAAACGGCGCCGAGGAUGCAGUUCGAUCACAGGUCCUAUGGGGUGUCGUGGGCAUCAUCAUCCUUUUGUUAGGGUUAUCUACCAACGUGUUCGUGAUUUUUGCCAUCGUUCACAGUAAGCAGAUGCGCGCUUCGCCGACGUAUAUUCUAAUUGUUAACCUAAGCAUCAACAACGGCCCUGUGCAUUCUUUAUUUUUAGCUUUUGACUGUUACGGCUGGUUCACCGGAAAAUGGAACCUUGGGGAGCCGUUUUGCGCCUUCAUCGGGUGCGCUACGUUCCUCGUUCUUGCGUCGUCAGGUUUGUGCCUAAUGUGCAUUACCGUGCAGCGCUACAUAUACAUAGUGUGGUUUGUGAAGCAUAUAACACUGUGCAAUCCAACCACGGAGAAGAUCGUCUACGUGGUUUGUUCCAUAACGUGCUACGUACUGCCCCUGUUGAUUCUCCUUCCUGUACUGACCGGAACGGUUGGCAAAGCUGGCUUUGACCCUUACAGACAGAGGUGUACUAUACUCCAGUCAGAAAGUGCAGAAUUCAGGAACACAUUUUUGGUCGUCUUCAUAUGCUUUCCAAACUUUUCUAUGAUCUACUGCUUCACCCAUAUCAGCGUCAGUGUGUUCCUGAACAGAAGACGGAUGAUAAAUAUAAACCAGGCCGUGCGCCAUCAAGCCCAGAAGAUGCGACAAAACACGAAAAUUGCCCAGAUGUUUGGAAUAUGUUAUUUGUCAUUUGUUGUGGCCAUUACGCCAUGCUUUAUUGUGAAUGUUCUUCAAGUGGACGGUGCAUUGAAUUCGUUCUACACGGAGGGGACUUAUGUUCUCAUCUACUCAUCUUCCAUAGUCAACCCGAUAGUAUACGCUUUAAUGAACCAGACUUUCCGUGACGCUUACAAAGCAAUGAACUUAUGCCGUUGCUUUUCGGUGAACCGUGUAGCUCCCGUGCCUUUGGAUACACAGCGGGGAUCAAUGCCGUUGUCUUCUGUAUACGUGCCACAGCAUGCGUGAUAUUUUAUGUAUUUGGCGAACUUUUGAUGGAGAUUUCGUCUAAGAAAAACUGACACGAAGAUUGCAGUUAUUGCAAGUGACAUUAAAGCGAAAGAGGAAAGAAAAUUGCAGGCAGUACGUGCUUUUUCUUGCACGUGUACGUGCAUGAAC